UUAUAAAAGGUAAUUGCUGACCCCCGCGCUACUCUAGUGCGGUGCCUCCAACAACAAACAUGGUACCUUUCAAAUACCUGGCUGUGUUUGCUCUUGUAGCAGUAACGUUUGCUCAAGACUACGACGACUACGAGCCAUUACCACCAAGACCAGCUAGGCCAGCACCACCACGAGUGCAACCUGGAUAUUCGGGACCAUCAGCACCUAAAGCCGCACCAAUUACCAUUUUGAAACAAAUUGAUAGGCACAACGACGAUGGUUCGUAUACCUACGGCUACGAAAGUAGCGAUGGAUCCUUCAAAAUUGAAACCAAACUCCCGACUGGUGAAGUUAAAGGAAAAUAUGGGUACGUCGAUGACGUAGGCAAGGUUCGUGUGGUAGAGUACGGAGCUACCAAGUACGGAUUUGAACCAUCAGGUGAAGGCAUAACUGUAGCGCCACCAACUUUAGUAGAUGAAAGCACCAACAAGGAUGGUACCUACAGAGACGACUACUACGAACCAGAACCUCCUCGUGCUCCAGCGAGAGCAGCUCCCAGACCUAGACCUCAGCCACAACAAUCGUUUGAUUACUCUCCUCCACAACAAUUUGAACCAGCUCAGGCUGCUCCUGCUCCAGCUCCACCGCGUCCCCAAAUUUCAGGCGCUGCACCAGCCCCAGUCAAACACCACUUCGACUUCGGUCCCCCAGCCCGUUCAGCUAAAUCCUUCGCACAAGCACCAAAAGCUCCCAGGCCUAGACCACCACCAGUAUCGUUCCAGCCAGCUCCAGUAGAGGAAGACUACGAAUCCGCUCCCGCUCCAAGACCAGGUCCGAGAAUCUCCUACGCUGAACCUGCUCCGGCAGCACGCCCACGUCCCGCUUCCCAAUUUGCCCCUGCCCCAAGGCCGGCCGCCCCCAGGCCAGCUCCAUCAUUCGCCCCAGCUCCCCGACCAAGGCCUGCCGCCCCUUCCGGUGGUCGUAGCGGCGGCAUCUUAGACCAGUUGAGUAAAGACUAUGCUUUACCUGCAGAUUCCACUCCGCUGCAUGACAUUAGUUUUGGGUACUACUAAACUACAACCAAUUAGAGAACUAGAGUGAUAAUAGUCAUUUAAAUCUAUAGAUAAUUUUCUGUAAUCUACAACCUUCAUCUCAUCUGAGAUAUUAACUAAAUUCUCUUGUUACUUUUAUAUGCUUUACUAGAUGUUCAACUUUUAACUGUUAGUCUUCUCAAUCGCUUUUGGCAAUCUUUAUUUUACUUACAUUUUUAUCUAUUACAUUUCCUUUAAAAUUAACCUUAAAUCCUUUUCCUUUAUUUAGUUUUUCCAGUUUUGUACCUUCACUUGCAUGACGAUAUUUUCUUGUGCCAAUCUUACCAAACGCUUUUAUUUUACUUGGAGGUGUAUCUAUUACCUUUCAUUUACAAUCACACUUAAAUAUCUUUAUAUAUUUAGUUUUUUUCAACCUUGAAACUAUUCUUUCAAUUCUUUCUAGUGCAAAAUCUUUCUAAAUCUUUAUGUUAUUUUCUAUUUACUGUACUAUUGAGUGUCUAUAUAGCUAACAAGUUAUGCAGUUAUUAAAUCUAUAACUAAUUAUCAUUAGAUUCACAAGUAUGCAAUGUUGUUAGACUUAGUGAUAACAAUUCACCUUUUGCUUGUUUAUACAUCUGUAUCAGUUCUUGAAAAUCAUAAAUUCCUUUAUGCAUGCCACUGUAUUUGUUUGUAAUAUCAGAUUUUUUAGUAAAACUAACGUAAAAUAUGUACUAAUAGAAUUCUUUUCCUACUGAAAUUGGAAGAAUGUGAUAUCUUUCUUUUCUUUCUAACUUAUUUAUUUUUCAUUUCUCUCAAAAAACUCUCCCCAGAAACUUUUGCAUUUAACCUUUUGAGCUUUGUAUAUCUACCUUUUUUCUAUUUUAAAUCUGUUCUAUCUAUAUCUAUAUUUGUUUGCACUAUAAUAUUCGUUUUCGUAGUAUAAAGUUGCACUAAUAAACUAUAUGCAUUCUAAACGUAAACUAUCCUUCAGAUUUUCACAGUGACAUUAACUAAGCAUGUUCUCAAAACCUUGUAAAUACACUUAGAACUCUCUUAUUUCUCUAAUUUUAUCACUUUCGCACUCUUCACUCCAAAACUGUGUAACUUUUAUUCUUUGUCUUUAACAUUAUUGAACAACUUUUCUUUAUGCAUGUAAGUAUCUUGAAUUUCUCCAGCACGAAUAACAUUAUAUUUACUUCUCUGACAACUUUGUUCUAACUUCAUAUAUUUCACCACUUGCUGUAACCCGUACACGUCUGCUAACACUUUGGAAAAUAUUUUUUUUAAUAAUCACAAAGAAAAAUUUACUUACUUUUUAACAAAGCUCUUUUCUAACCUAUACUACAACUGUGUAUUAAGGAAAUGACAGUACUUGUUACUGACAAUUACUUAAGUAACACAGGGCUAAAACAAUUAAAGUUUUUUUUUUCCAAAAGCUAGGGAAACAUACUUUAAUUCGUAAAAUAAUUACAAUAUGGUGCUGAAGACCUUAACAAUAGUGAAAUAGUCUGUAUAAUCUGACUUCUCUAAAAGCUAUUCCUAUUUUCUAUACCUCGUUUUAUUGUCUUCAGCUUAUACCCUUUCUUUACUGUUUCUUCAACUUAACAAUUCUGCAUUAAAAAUAUAUAUGUAGAUAGAACGUAUCAAAACGUUACUUUUCUUUAUCUUUUACUUACUGUGUUUGUGUCUAAUAUUUUUCUUUAUUCUCUAACAAAUUUCAAUAACUAUUACUUUUCCCAGUAUCUCAUUCUUAUUAUACUACUAAAUUUAAAUUUCAUAUAUUACUAACAAAAUCUUUUUUUCUCUCUAAUGUGUUUCUAUUAUUUCUACAUCACUGUGCUAUACAAAUGAUUAUUAUUACUGAUAUUUUGAAAGUCAGGUAAGCUAGUCCUGUAGCCGACUGCUAUCAGGUAGUCUUGUUGAUGUUUCACCAUCUGUGAGAUCAAUUUUUUCCUUAGGUUAAUAAUUUUUCUGACUGUAUAUACAUAAAUAAUGAUCGUAGCCAUUAUUGUGAAUGAUAAUUUAAAUGUUAUUUUUUAUUAUUACUAUUAAGACAUGUUAUUUUAUUAUGUGAUAAGAAAUUAUCACGGUAUAUUUUGAAUUGUGUACAUUUUGUUUGCAAAAUUGUGUUUGUCUUUUUUAUACAUAAAUAAAAAUCUGUAACAAUUUUA